AUGUCGACAUUGUUAAACCAUAUUUCUUGUUCACCUCUUUAUUAUCAUCAUCCCUGUUAAUCCAAAAAAACCUAGAGAGAGAAAGAAGAAAAAAGGGGUUUUCUCUCUCUAACUAUCUAUCAUUCUUUCCAACAAAUUGCGAAUUGAAUUACGCAAAAUUUUCCCGUAAUUCGAGAAUCGUGUCCUUAAAAAAAUAUACCCUUUUUAUAUAAAACCCUUUUUAUCACUUGUAUUUCUUCCCAUGUCUUCCUUCUUCCAGGAUUUCUUGUUCCCAAUACUCAGCCUCAAGCCCAUCAGGGAAAACUUUAAUGUGUUGUCAGGUACCCUUUUGAGGCAAUUUCAAGAAACAAUGUCUAAUGCCACCUGUAAGCUGUCUGAUUCGAUGUGUCGCGACGACACGGCCGCAUUGACUCUUAAACUGGUGGCAAUUGGGUCUAUCUUAGUGGCCGGAGCAACGGGGAUUACGAUUCCGUUGCUCGGCCGGAGAAAGAGUUUUCUUGCUACUGAUGGGAAUCUAUUCAUAGCAGCAAAGGCAUUUGCUGCUGGUGUUAUACUUGCUACUGGGUUUGUACACAUGUUGCCUGAUGCUGGUCAAAAUCUUACUAACUCAUGUUUACCGACUCACCCGUGGUCGGAUUUUCCGUUUUCGGGUUUUAUUGCAAUGAUGGCUGCAUUGGUAACAUUGCUUGUGGAUUUUGUGGGGACACAAGUGUAUGAGAGGAGAGCGGAGAGAAUGAAGAGGAAAGGGGAUGGUUUGGGGCUUGAUGGGUCACUUGACUCGGUUUCGGCUGCCGGGGUUUUGCCGGCUGAUCGGUUGGUGGUGAGUAGUAGUGGAGGAGGGAGCAUUGUGGGGAUUCAUGCUCAUGAACAUGGUCAUGAUGGUAAUGGGGUUGAUGGACAUGUUGUUGAAGUGUAUGAUGAUGGUCAUGGACAUGGACAUUCUCAUAGCUUUGGUGGAGAUAGUAAUGCCCGCCAUGUGGUCAUUUCUCAGGUUUUGGAGCUUGGAAUUGUUUCACACUCGGUCCUCAUUGGAUUAUCUUUAGGAGUGUCUCACAGCCCUUGCACAAUAAAACCAUUGGUUGCUGCAUUAUCCUUCCAUCAAUUCUUCGAGGGCUUUGCCCUUGGAGGUUGUAUAGCUCAAGCCCAAUUCAAGGAAAAGUCCACCAUCAUCAUGGCCUGUUUCUUCGCCCUAACAACCCCUGGAGGCAUUGCUGCAGGUAUCGGCCUUGCCUCCUUUUACAACCCGGCUAGCCCAAGAGCCCUCAUUGUUGAGGGAAUUCUCGACUCUAUAUCAGCAGGGAUCCUAGUCUAUAUGUCCUUGGUUGACCUAAUAGCAGCUGAUUUCAUGAGUAAGAAAAUGAGAUCGAACACUAGACUCCAGGUUGUGUCUUACGUUGCUCUUUUCAUGGGUGCUGCUUUAAUGUCAGCGCUUGCUGUCUGGUCGUGAUCUAUUGGUAAACUUUAACCUAAUGUGACUGCUUUUGGAAUUUGUGUGUGUUGUGUUUAACUGCUGUCCAUAAAUCACAACUGGGGAGUUCUUUUUUAGAGCCCGGUUAUUGAUUGUUUCAUGCUUAAAGAGCCUGGUAAAUUGAAGAUGUAUCUGCAUAUCUGCUUGGAGGGAAGUGUGGUUUACAGUGGGGGAGGAGGAGAAUAAUUUACUGGGCAUUAAGUGUGAAUUUUUGUACUGCCUGUACAGUGCUGUGUGGCUGUGUAUACCGGUAACCAACCGAAGUUUUUGUUCCGUGACCCUGUAACUAGAAUUGUUGCCUGUGCUAACUAGAUAAAGGAAAGGAAAAUGAUGAAGAUGAAAAAAAGACUGAUCAACAGUAUACUAUCUUAUACAAAGUAUCUCUGUACAUAUGUAUUUUGAAAUUUUUGCCAUCAAACGCUAUUAUAGCAGUAUUGUACCAAUUACCAAAUAUGUUUUCUAUACUCUUAAUCUCUUAGUAAAUGCAAAGUUUCAUAUUUGGCCCUUUAGAUGUACAA